CCUGGGAAGAGUCAUCACUUGGCCACACUGAAACAAGGAUGGACCAGUAGCCACAGCAGACCUCAGCAGGGUGACGUCUGGAGAGCUGGGGUGGGGGUACAACAUCUGAAAUUACCUGGCAUAGCUUGGUCACUCAUUACUUUUUGGACAAGGAAACUAGCUCGUGAGUUAAGAGCACAACACCGAGACAGAGGCCAGUGGAAACGUUUGUCUGCCCUCACCCCUUCUGUCUCUACUUCCACCUGCUCCCCAGCCAACCAUCCACACAGCUCCAUGCCGCAUAUCAUCUCUCAAGCAUCCAGGAUGGCCCACCAUGGGUGUCGUUCAGGUUUGCCUGCAGAUAAUAACAUCCCUUCCAGUGUCACUCGAGUGAUUGUGAAGACUCCAGGCCACCAGGAAGACUUUACUGUAGCUCAUGACACUUCUGUGAGGCAGUUUAAGGAGAAGCUAUCUGCUCACUUCAAAUGCCAAAUGGACCAAAUAGUGCUGGUCUUCAUGGGCCGCCUUCUCAAAGACCAUGACACCCUGAGCCAGAGGGGCAUCCUGGAUGGCCACACCAUCCAUUUGGUCAUCAAGUCCAAAAAUGGCUCUAGAUCCCGAAUCCUUCACUCCCAUAAUCUGUCAACCAAUGAGCCCUGCCUCCAGGACAGAAACACCAAUGGAAACAGUGGAGUAUGCCAGCCUGCUGGUGUGAGUCACAUCUCAGGGAAAGCAGCACACUUUGUGGAGUCUGAAAGACCCAAGGAACACAUCCAAGACACAGAAGUGGGCGGUACAGAGCUGGAGGUACAGAAGCUAGAGAAUCCUAUUGUUCAGCAGCUUCUGUCCAAUGUUGACCUCAUGAGACAGUUCAUUUCAGAUCACCCAGACAUGCAACAACUGGUGCAGCAGAACCCGGAGGUCUCAAACAUCCUUGAAAAUUCUGAGAUUCUGUGCCAAACUCUGGAACUGGCCAGAAAUCUUGCCAUAAUUCAAGAGAUAAUGCAAACCCAGCAACCUGCACAGAAUCUUGAACAGCCUCGGAACCCACAAUCAUGUCUGGGAUUAGAGACAAUCUCAGGUGGGGACAAUGUCCUGGGUCAUAGCUAUGCUGAUUUCAGUGACCAAGUGCUCAACAGCUUGCACGAUCUCUUUGGCAGCAACAUUUUCAAGGCUCUCCUGGAAGGACAAAUACCAGAAGUCGAUUCUUCAACCCCAUCUCCACCACCAUCCCAGGAACAGUGGAACCAGCUCUCACAGCUUCCUACUACUCGUGUCAUCUAUUCUAGCUCUCGUUCUGGUUUAACCUCGAUCAUCUCACCCAACACUACCCCCAACAGGGCGAACCAUACUUGCAGAGUCAAUACUGCCGCUCUCUCCACCAAAAGCCAGAGUCAGACAUGUGCCAUUCAGCAGCCAGCUGGGGUACCAGCUUUACCUAGCAUAGAGCUCUCCCAGCAGUCCCAGGCAAAAGACAAACAUGCCACCACCUCUUCAGAUAGCUUUGACCAGAGUUCAGAGGAGGAUCUCCACCCACUGGAUGAACAGAGCAGCUCCCAGAUCACAGGAAGCAUGAUGCAGUUGCUUUUGAAUAAUCCCAACCUGGCAGCCCAGAUUAUGUCAUUCAUGAGUAUGUCCCAACUGAGUGAGCAGUGGCGGCAACCACUGCUCACCUUCCUGCAGCAGACACAGCUUUCUGACAUGCUUUUAUCCCUGACCAACCCCAAAGCAUCACAAGCAUUAUUGCAAAUUGAGCAGAGUCUGCAGAUUUUGGCCACGGAGGCGCCUAACCUUCUACCCUGCGUUGCACCCUAUCUGUGGGGCCUGGCUUGGCUUCCUGCCCCCUGUUGCAGCUACUCUGAUGCAGUGCCCUGCACUGGGAAUAUGUCAGAUAUGACUGAGUCCAAAAUGUCUGAGUGCUGUCAUAAAUGUGGAACAGUCCCUCAGAGGACGCAAUCCCUCGCUGAUGCCCCUUCCCAACUUCUACAAGUCCCUGAGAUUCGUUACAGCAAGCAAAUGGAAUCUCUGCAGGCCAUGGGAUUUGGGAACUAUCAAGCCAAUCUGCAGGCACUGAUUGCCACUGAGGGGGACACCAGCGCUGCUAUCCACAAGCUCAAGCGAUCCCAAGGAUUCUAACCACCUCAUCUACCUAUUUGCUUGUUAUUUGCCUGCCAAUCCAUAGGACCAUCUUUUCUGACUUUCCACCAUUUCUGAUGCUUCCAGCCAGGAUGAGUCCUGGCAUAGGAGAAAACAGUCACUGCUUUCUCUACUGAAUAACAGAUCAUUGGUCAUGGCUGGAAGAUCUGUCAAUAAAAUGGCUACACUCACUCGUCCCCAUCCAAGGUUUGGCUUUGU